AUGUAUUUAAACUUCAUUAAAACAAUAACGCUCGUGCUAAUAAUCAUUUCUGAGGAAAGAUUAUGGAAAAAUGGGGAAUCACUUGUCGAAAAUUUUGUGGAUGGAAUGUAUCUUUCCAUAUUCAUCGAUAAUUUUGUAGGAGCAACGGAAAUUGUUGAGAAUUAUGAGCUACCAGCACACUCUAACUUACAUGAAAGAAAAUUGAUAAAACGUUCCAGAAGACAACUUGUUGAAGCAGAAAUAAAAUCAUAUGCUACAAUUCUGAUAACAUCAGCAGUAAUAGUGGCAUUGGCAACAUUUGUUUGUCUGAUCAUUAUGUUACAUAUCUUUAUCUAUAUGAGAUGGGGUAUCACUCGUCAGCUCAUUCUUCUCAAUACCAAGGUUUGUGCGCUCGAGUCGCGUCUUGGAACACGUCAACUGUCGGAAGAAUUACAGAGGAAAUUGUGUGAAGAAAUUGGUGUCGCAUUUGGAACAGUCCAAAAUGAACGACAGAAAUUUGUUCAAGAAGUUGUUAAUGAAGAAAGAAAAAUGGUCGAAGAAGUGGUAAAAUCAGAAAGUGAACCACAAUAUGAAACAAUGUGCGGGAUAGGCGAUGAAGUUUUUACCACCAAAAAAGGCGGCGAAAAGAAUACCCCUAGACCAGCUCCAGUUCCGUCUUCCGAAAAGCCAGAUGAAGAUAAUCAUUAUGAGAACGUACCAAAAGCAAAUAAAAAAGUACCAGAAAAAACUUCAAAAAGAUCAGCAAUUGCACCAACACAACAGAUUAAAGCACCAGCAGUUGGUGGUAUGGUGGAUGAAGCAGAUCCCAAGUAUCAAACUCUUGUUGGCAUGGAUAACGAAAAAAUUUUCUCUGAAAAAAAAGAAGGCAAGCUACAGGAAACACAAGAAAUUAAGCCACCGACAAUAGGCGGUGUGGUAGAUCAAGCAGAUCCAGCUUAUCAAACACUUGUCGGUAUGGAAAAUGGGAAAGUUUUUCAAGAAAAAGGCAAAUAA